AUGAAAAAUUUUGUUAUUGGUUCAGGAGUUAUUUCAUUCAAGUAUAAACAUGGUGUUAUAACAUGUACAGAUACACAGGCUUCUUAUGGUAAUCUAUGUAAGUUUAAUAAUGUUAGCCGUAUUUUUAAGCUAUCUGAUACUACACUUAUGUCUCUAUCAGGAGAGUUAAGUGACAUACAGUAUUUAGUUUCAACCAUUAAAAAGGAGAGUGAAACAGAUCCUGUAAAAAUGUCUACAAAAGGAUAUUCUAAUCUAGUUCAAAGUAUAUUAUACAAUAAAAGAAGUAAAGUUGAACCACUAAACGUUUCAGUUAGUGUAGUGGGUGUAGAUAAGGAGCCAUAUGUGUCUUGUAUUAAUCAUCUUGGCAAUUUUUAUACAGAUGAUAUUGUUUGUACUGGGUUAGCAAAUAUGAUAGCUCUUCCAUUUUUGCGAUCUCAUAAUGUUACUGAGUUGGAACGCGAUAAAGCAGUUGAUUUAAUGGAGGAAACCAUGGCUCUUAUGUCUUACAGAAGUGCAAGAAGUUGCAAUAGAAUACAGAUAGCAAUAGCAGAACAAAAUUUUAUAAGUCUCCUUGAGCCACAUGUUGCUAAAACAAAUUGGAGAAUGGGACAUAAUGAAAAUGAACAUAUUUUAUAA